AUGGGCGGCCCGAGCGGCGGCGGGUCGUUCCUGCACUCUUCCCCCAAGAAGCCCAAGUCGCGCCGACUCGUCCGCUACACCUACCGCCUCCUCGCUUCCCUUGGCUUGUUCGUGCUCAUGAGCGGCGGCCUCGUUGUCGCCUUCUUUGUCUACGAUGCAUCGACGUACGAAGAGAAUCCCGAAAGCUUCGACAUUCCCGUCUCCGAAUACGCCCUGACCCCCCGCCGCGGUGGGCCCAAGAAUCUCCCCAUUGCCGAAUAUUUUGUCGACGACGAUGACACCCCUUCGAUGAAGGAGCAGAAACACAAGCCCAAGCUCGUCAUCUUGGGAACGGGUUGGGGCAGCGUGGCAAUGCUCAAGCAGCUACACGCCGGCGAAUACCACGUUACCGUCGUGAGCCCUAGCAAUCACUUCCUCUUCACACCAAUGCUACCCUCCGCCACCGUCGGCACCCUCGAAUUCCGCAGUCUGGUGGAGCCGGUGAGGAAGAUUGUCAAGCAGAAACACGGUCACUUUCUCAAAGCCACCGCGGUGGAUGUCGACUUUAGCGAAAAGCUGGUCGAGAUAUCUUCCACCGGCCCGACGGGCGAGGAGGAGAGGUUCUAUCUGCCCUAUGACAAACUCGUAGUCGGCGUGGGAUCCACAACAAAUCCACAUGGCGUCAAGGGCCUGGAGUACUGCCACUUCCUCAAGGACAUUGCCGAUGCCAGAUUGAUCCGCAAUCAAAUCAUCCGCAAUCUCGAGACUGCCUGCCUCCCCACCACCAGUGAUGAGCAGCGCCGCAGGCUACUCUCGUUCGUCAUCUCUGGAGGCGGCCCCACGGGCGUUGAGUUCGCCGCUGAGCUGUACGACAUGCUGAACGAAGAUCUCUGCAAGUAUUAUCCCCGCAUCCUGAGAAACGAAAUCUCCGUCCAUGUUAUCCAGUCUCGAGGACAUAUUCUCAACACGUACGACGAGGCCUUGUCGAAAUACGCUGAAGAGCGCUUCGCCCACGAUGAAGUCGGCAUCCUGACCAAUGCACGCGUGAAAGAAGUGCGACCUGAGAGCAUUCUAUUCACGCAAAAAGACGAGCAAGGCAACACCGUCACGAAAGAAUUGCCCCAAGGCUUUUGUCUCUGGUCUACCGGAGUGUCCCAAUGCGAGUUUUCUCAGACCAUUGCGGCGAAGCUGGGCGAUAACCAGCAGAACAAGCACGCCCUGGAGACCGACUCACAUCUGCGACUGGCGGGCGCUCCCAUGGGCGACGUCUACGCCAUUGGCGACUGCAGCACCGUGCAAAACAACGUUAGCGCGCACAUUGUCACCUUUUUGCGCACACUGGCGUGGGAGAAGGGCCAAGAUCCAGAAUCGAUGAAAAUCACGUUUGCCGACUGGCAGCAAGUCGCCAAGCGAGUAAAGUCGCGCUUCCCGCAAGCCGCCGACCAUCUUCGCCGCCUCGACAGGCUGUUCGAGCAAUACGAUCAAGACAAGUCCGGCACUCUCGAUUUCGCCGAACUCUCCGAACUCCUCCGCCAAAUCGAUACCAAACUGACUUCCUUACCGGCCACGGCGCAGCGGGCCAAUCAGCAGGGCGAGUACCUGGCCAAGAAGUUCAACAAGCUUGCUCACUCUACCGAAGGCUUCCAGAAGAAUCUCAUCGCCGACGGUGACAUUGACGAAGCGGUGUACAAGGCGUUUGAAUAUAAGCAUAUGGGCUCCUUGGCAUACGUUGGCAAUGCAGCCAUCUUCGACUUUAACGGGAUGAACUUUGCGGGGGGUCUGCUGGCCGUGUAUUUGUGGAGGAGUAUCUACUUCGCGCAAAGUGUCAGUUUGCGCACGCGGUGUUUGUUGGCUAUGGACUGGAGCAAACGGGCGUUAUUCGGCCGAGACAUGAUGAAUUAUUAG